UAAAUUUCUGCCAUGUUUUCCAAAAAAACUUCGAUGAGGGUGAAAUUUUCCAUUGCUGUUUUGCUGAGCGUGAAAUCCCACAGUGGUUUUGUUGCAAAAAAAAGCGGUCAGUGGAACUCCGGCUAUCUCCAGAAUUUGUUAAUGAUCCUGAUUGGAUGGGAUUUGCACUAUGUGGUCUUUUCUUAUUUAAUAGGCAUCCAACUGCAGUUCGACAGAGUCUGGGUUCAAAACAAGCUGUAGCGUUCCCAUUCUGCUGUUUUUUCCAGACCAGCUCUUGUCAUUCGCGUUUAGUAUGCAAUGGAUUAUUGAAUAUCAACAACGAAUUAGUUACAUUAAAUCAACGUGCAUUCAUUUGGGUAAUGUUCAUCCCACGUACAACGCAUGCACAUUUUUGGAGUCAAAGUACUGAGGUCAAAUUCUGGCUUAACAGCUCAGUUCCAGAUUUGUCUGUAGAGAGUUUUGGGAUCAAUCUUGUAUUCCGGCAUAACAUGGAAGAGUUAAGGCAAAUACUGGUGCAAUGCUCUGCCCCAUUUGAUAGCUUCCUUGACUCCUGCAAUCCCUGGGAAUUCUGCGAUAUAUGGGAUAAUCAUCCUGAGGUAUUCAUUGGAACAAAGAACUCUUAUGAGGAACUACACCCCCAAAGGUUAUUCAUUUCUCAGGAGGAGACUAGUGUAACUGCUCAAUAUUCUUAUGAGGAGGACUCGUACCCUCACAAUUGUUUCCGGUACUUUCAUCCAUCCACUUUAUAUAAUUCUUGUUUCCCAACAAGAAGAACUCCAAGGUGGUUUAAUCAUCAUUGUCGUCUUGGGCACUCGGUGACAAUUGAGAUACCCCCAAAUUUGUACGAAGACAACAAUUGGUUGGGGCUCGCUCUAUAUGCUUCUAUUUUAAUCCCCAGGGAUCAAGAAAAUGCAGUUUCAGCAAAUUCAUCUCACUUUCUAUAUUGUCAAUUCCAAACGAGUAAAGCUAGUCUAGACAAUCAAAUCCUUGUUUGCCGCACCACUGAUGAAGAAAACAACUGGUUACAUCUAUUCUUUGGACUCAUUUGGAUAUCUUAUAUACCUAGUGAGGCCUUGAAGGAUAUGCUGCGUCAAUGUGGCCACAUUAAGGCUUCGUUUGUUAGUGAUUGGCCAAGCGUGAUGGUGCAAAAAUGUGGGCUUCGUCUUUUGUACCAGCAUGAUCUGUCACAGUUUGAGCAACAACUAAAACAUUGCAAUGCUUCCAUUUCUGCACAUCGGGAUUUCAUAUGUCAAUUUAGCGGUAGUGGCACGAUACAAGAGGAAGGAUGGACGACGCAUAUGCCUAAAAUUCCUAACGAAGUUGUAUCUCCUCUCAAUAAAUAUGACCAGCUGGGUGGGCACUCUGAAUAUUCAUUUUGUUUUCCCCCAGUGGAAAUUUUACAUCGUUUCAAUUAUCAUAGUAAUGAGCCAUCAGUGAAAAUUGAUAUAUCCACUACUUUUUUCAAUGACAACAAAUGGAUGGGACUUGUUUUGUGUGCUUAUUUUUCAAGCGAUAAGCAUCAAACUGCAAUUAUUGAAGAUCCUUCAUCGAUUUCUCACCAUCUUAUUUGUAUUUUGGAAACGGACCUAGUUGGUCCAGAGCUAGGAAUCUAUGUCCACCGCACCAGUAAAAAAGAUUUUACGUGGCUAGAUAUUGAGGGUGGAUUUCUUUGGCUGUGCUAUAUUCCAUAUUGUCCGUUUCUAGAUAAGUUCAAUGAAUGCAGUUGCAUCAAGGCUUCAAUUAUAAGCGAUUGGCCAGGUAUCAUUGUGCAAAAAUGUGGGCUUAGUAUCUACCAUAAGGGUGAUGAUUGGUUUCAGAAAAUAAUAGAUCAUUGCAUUAUGGAAAACCAACAUGAAUCUCAAUAUUUCAACGAUCAAUUAACAGCUCGUUAUAAAGUGAAAAUUAGUAGAGCUACGAAUCAGCUCUCCCAAAGCCACUUACCGGGCUUUGAUGGAUCCUGUGACUAUAAUUCUUGUUGCCCUCCAAUUGAAAUUCCGCGUUGGUUCAACAUUCGAAGUGACAAGUCCCACGUGACAGGCAGACUAACUCGAAAAUUGCAUGAUAGAUGUACUUGGCUGGGCGUUGCUCUAUGUGCAGUUUUUUUCGUUACAGAGGAUGUGGCUGGUCUCAAUGACGUUAUGGAUUCAAUAUCUUCUUGCAAACUUAUUUGUCACUUGAAAGCAAGUAAUGGCUUGAGUGUGAAACCUCGCCAUAUCCAUUGGCCAACUAAAGAAAAUCUCAUGAUGUCAGUGCUAGGUGGUGGAUUCACUUGGCUGACCUACAUACCACGUGGGUCGUUUCCUGAUUGGCUAUAUGAUUGUGCCUCCAUCAAGUUUUCAUUUAAGACAAAUAUCCAUUACUUGAAGGUGCAGAAUUGUGGCCUUUGUCCAUUGUACCAGCAUUCGGUGGAAGAGUUCAAGAACUGCAUGAAGUCCGAGUCUGAGUUUUUGGGCAUCCUUGAUCAAAAGAAGACUGAGAAUAUAAAUAGAAAAAUUUGGUCUGGGAUUCAGAAUGUAAUCCGCAAAACUGACACACUGGGCCGUGAUCAAUGCAUUUUCUAUAAUUCCCGUUUGCCUUCAAGUGAAUUUUUGGAGUGGUUCAGUCAUCGGAGCGAUGAGCCCCGGCUGAAAAUCCCUCUACCUCCAAAUUUGUACAAUGAUAGUACUUGGAUGGGUUUGGUUCUAUGUGCUUAUUUUGCUAUAGAUGAGAAUCCAACUACCCACUUUGACAUUCUGGAUUCAGAUAUUACUUAUGGCCUUGUAUAUCAUUUGCAAACCAAUGUUGGUAGUGUGAGACCUCUUGUCGCUUAUCACCUGACUAAAGAAAAUCUCGUGAUGUUACAGCAAGGUGGAUGCAUUCUGCUAUCCUAUGAAGGGCGUGGGUCAUUUCAAAAUUGUCUGAAUCAAGUGAGCUGCAUUAAGGCUUCAUUUAGAGCUGACUGCCCAGGUUUGAAGGUGGAGAAAUGUGGCCUUCGUCUUUUGUACCAUUAUGAUUUGGAAGAGUUUGAGCAAACAAUAAGCCAUAGCAUGAACUCCUCGUUGGAUGGUUGGAAUAUCAUCUGUCAAGGAACAUCUAGUAGAACCUCCAGCUCUAUCGGAAGGAGUCUAAUUUUGGAAAUCUGAGGGGACCCAUUGAUCCUAAAGUCAAGGGCAAGCCAGUUCUGGAAGAAUAAUCUCUCUUAUUGGGCUCUUCCUUCUGAACUUAUUGAAUGGCAGAGAGGAAAUUUUAUAUAAGCUGAUAUUGUGCAUUUCCCACUGCAAUCAGGAGUACUUGUCCACCCUCUCUUGAUUUUCCCAAUUCAUGUGAAGGGGGCUGGUGAACUGGUUUAGUGCUUAGGCAGUUUCCUUUACAUUCAAUUUUCUUACGAAAUGGAGUUCUUCAUAAUACUUUUUUCAUCUACCCUGCAUAGAAUCCAAGAGGGGGAAAAGGCUACAAAUAUUUGAACCGACAAUAGCUGGAGAUACUAGACCAUUGGAUUAUAUUUUGGCUCAAGUAUCAUCUUUAUUUGGUGCUGAGAAUUCAAGUUCAAACACGGCAAGAAGAAUUUAAACCAUCUGUUUUAUUAACAAAUUAUUUGGGCACCAAGUAGAUUAAAUUUAUGGGCAAAAGAAGGGAAGAUGAAAUGAAAAUUAUUUGUGGGUUGGACAAUAGACAGCAGAGACAAUUUUUAACAAGCAUAAUAUGUGUACUUGUGCUCAUGUAAAAGAACACAGGGAUUACUACUUCUAUCCAAUUAUUGCAGAGUUUUCUGUUAUA